UUGCCGCAUCCAGUGAAGACAGUUCAAAAUAUUAUGUAGAGCGGAUAGAUGGGGGAAAAUAAUAAAACACAGCUAAUUUCAAAGGAAAAUCGUGUAACAUUUUGUGUAGGCGGAUACUAUUGACUUGCAAUUUAGUUCCACGUGCAAAAAUAUUAAGAAGAAAUUGGUGUGUUUCCGCAAUUAUGUAAAAUUCUGACAUUUCGGAAAUAUGUGUGUUAAAUUUUUUUUGUAUCUUCGAUUAUUAAUUUUUUUAUUGUCUUUGUUAUCUCUAUCGUUAGGAUACAUUUAGGGCUCCGAUUAUUUUUGUUCUUUUUUAUGAUAACAAUCUCUGAUUAAUUGUAAUCUUUUUUUUUUCUUAUUAGAAAACAAUCCAGACGACUAUAACAAAAGUUAUACUAUAGAACUAGAUGACCGUCUAAGCCUUUAAAAACAUUAGUCUUGGUGAAUCCUUAAAAGAAUUUUCAUAAAUUUAAAAAGAAAAAGAGAAAAAAGAAUGAGAGAGUUUAUUGUUUCAUUGAAAUUAGUAGAUUUGAAACAACUCUUUUAAUACGUAUCAAAAUGUAUUAAAAUGUAUCGUCAAGAAAUUCAAAAAUACUCUCACCAGUACUGAUGGUCUGAAAGGUUUUAGGAAUGAUGCUGGUGUUUAUAAAUCUAUUCCAGUUAAGUUUCAGAAUUUUCUCCAAUUAAUCAUGCGUUUUUUUUUUGUUUUAUACUGUCAUCAGCAAUGAAAGAUAAAUUCCCCGUUGUUUAAUAACUAGAAAUAUUGUAAAACUCAUAUAAAAUAUAAUAUUUAUAUAAGUUAUAUAUAAUUCUUUAAAUGUAUUUAUACAUAUGCAUAUAAAAGAUCAAAUUGGGUAUUUGUUAUUAAAAUAUUAGUAUUUGUGAUUGUUUCGUUUCUCAUAAAUAUUGAAUAUUAGUAUUUGUUUUUCUUCAAGUUACAAAUAUCCGAUUUUUCAGUACGAAUUAGAACGAACGAAUCAAAAUUUCUGGAUAUUUUGCCCAACUUACUCACACUCUGUUAGCUAAAAAAACCGACUACAAAGCAAAAAGUCAAAGUUUGACAGCUUUUAUUUCCUUUAAACUGAGUGGCUAAUAGUAAGAUUGUUGUUUCUUCAUAAUAAACCUAUUGGCCUCCUAUUAACCAAAAAAAAUCCAGUUCUUACAAAAUUUGCCAACUAACUUUAAUUCCUACUUUUUAUUUCCUUGAAACAAAUGUUAUUUUUUCAACCUUGUUAUGAAAGUCAAGUUCAGCAUCAUCUGUUGUGUAGAUAGUCUGGAAAAACCCAUUCAACAUUCGAUUGUAAUAUGAAUACACGUCGAUUGUUGUGUCCCGCUUAUAUAAAUAGUAAAAGCCCGAACUUGAAGAAUUCAACUGAAUAUAUGUAAAAACGUGAUAACAAAAUGAGAUAGUCCAUUUAACAUGUUCACCAAAAAAAAAGAAAAAAAGAGAUAGUCUAACAUUCUUGGUCAAGAAUAAAUGCCCUUUGGUUACACACACGCACACACAAAUGCAUAUAUAAACAAAAACCAAGAAGCCGUUCUUUUAAAUCUCAAAAAGAAAGAAAACAAGAAACAGAAGAAAAAGAUAGAGAUAGAAGUAAAUGCAAAAAUAGUUAUAAUAAUGGAGAAGAAGAUUAAUGUGUUUGUGCUGUGUAUGUUUUUUUUACUGGUGGGCUCGUCUUUGAUGUUUAGGAGGGUUGAUUGCAGAGCCUUACGAUCGAAACAAUGGAGAGACGUCAACGGCCAAGAUCAAUCCACCGAGGCGGCCAUGAAGGUGAAGAAAAGCUGGAGCAGUAAGCGUCCUUUGACGAGGAGCUAUGGUUUCCGGUUAGCUUCUGGGCCGAGCGGAAAAGGAGUUGGCCACUAAUCAACAAUUUCUACUUCUGUUUUUGGAUUUUUUUGGAUUUAUUAUAUUUAAAUUAAAUGUAUAACUUGAAAGUUUUUGUUGAAUGAUUCUUUCGAGGAGUAAUAAUAUCCCUCCAUGUAAAUGUACGUAUUUUGCAAAUCUCCCUAAUAUUAUUUGAAAAAUCAGUUUUUAUGUGUGGUUUUCAUAUUAAUUUUUAAAAUAGUUAAAUUAUAAUGAUAUAUAUUUACAAUCAACCAAAAAUAUAAUGCAUAAUGUCUUUAUUAAGAUUUUUUAUUUUAAGUUAUUUAUUUUACUGAUAAUAUUUGAAAUUAUAAUAUAUUUCAUUUGAAAAGUCAAUAAUAUCCUUAAUAAACUAAAAUUAUUAUGCUUAACACCAUUAUUAUGAUUUUUUUACUUUUGGUUCUUCUUUUUACUUAUAAUAUUUUAAAUUAAGUUUUACUUUUAGCUUUCUUUUGAUUAUAAUAUUUUUUCAAAUCAAAUAACAACAAAAAUAUAAUAUUAUAAAACUAAAAUAUAAAGAUUAUAUUUAUAAAUAAAAUUUUAUGCAUGUUGGUCCACAUAAAUUCUUAGAUUGAUCAAAUACAAUAUAAUCUUUAAUGAACUAAACAAAUUAUGUAUAGUGUCAUUAUUAAAUAUUUUAUUUUAGUUUUACUUUUUAUUAAUAGUAUUUUAAAUUAAGCUUUAAUUUUAGUUUCAUU